CGGUGGCACCCCUACCCUGUUCUCCCAUCGCUUUGACAAUGGUGCCGUCAGGGGAUGAGAUCUCCUUCGCAGUCUGAACAACAUCUCAGCAGAAAAUCCCGCUGGGGGUGUACGGGGUCCCUCCACGAAAGCUGACAUCCGAGGGGAAGAUUCUGGAAGAGCAGAUCCUUACCUCCUUCGACCCCAUCCUGGUCAAGCUCGAGGAGAAAACAAAACUCAGUGAAGGCCUAACCUGGAGGGCGUGGAACACGGUCACAGUGCUCCCGUACAAUGUGCUGAACGGAAGAUCCAGCACGACUAAUAUCAUCGCGGACUCCCUAGCCGAUAUCAUUAGAACCCACCUCUUGACCUCAAAGACCUCAUUGCAAGACGAGGCCACCCCCAUUGAGGUGGAUGUGGGGGUGGAAGAAGAAGACAUGGAGAGCGAAGAAGAAGAGGAUCUGGUCUUGGGCGACAAGUUCUCCCCAGGAGGAGGCAACGAACGACCACAGCUGUCGACAGAGAGCAGCGCAGGAGAAUACAGCCUGGGCUCCGCAACAGCGAAGGAGGACAGCAGGGACUCGGACACCGAGAGCAGCAAGACUGAGGUGGCAGUGGACUGAAUAACUCACCUCAAAGACUAUUAAAACCCAAUCCACACAACAAUACACACAAGCAGCACCCAAGUAAGAAAGACAACCAAGGAAGAAAAAGAGGAAGGAAAAAAAAAUUAAAAAAAAAUGGAAACAAGGUGAAAAAAAAUGAAACAAAACCGUUCCUCCUCUCUGGCUGCAAAGUGCUGGACGGGUUCGGUUUGAUGCUGGUGACAGCAGUUGGGAUGCGAACUGAGUGGGGGCAAGUAAUGUCAACCCUUAGUGAAGACAAUGAUGAGAUGACGCCACUGCAGGUUGGGUGCUUGACUUUUUUGAGUUCUUGGUAGGUGGGUGCGUGGGGGGGAGGGCCCCAACCAUCUCCUCAAAAUUGGAACAGAAAACUUGAGCAGUUAAUAAGUUGCAAACUUAGAAAACCAAAAGCUACAAAGUGAAAAAGAAAGACUAGGAUCACCGCAUGACCAUGACUGUAGUGUACUUGGGGAGCAUCACCCCAGUUCACCUUCCAUCAUCAGGUAAACUGAAUAAGACCGGUGCGAUGAACCGCUCAGUUCAUCACCAAUGAGUGCACAUGAUCACACCACAUGAAUGUAUAAGAUUACACGAGAUUCACACUGAAGGCCAGAGAGAUGGAGACCAAGUAGCGCAGCUUUAGAGUUCCAACAAGAUAUAACAAGAGCAAUAAAGUUCAAGUCACCAGCGCUCAUCAGUGCAUACUAAAGGUAACCAGUAAACAGCAUAAGCUCUC